GAGCCUGGGCCGCGGUUCUGCAGCUGAACUCCACUUGACACGGUGACCUCUCUCUCUUCUUCAUAUCACCUGCCUCAGGCCGCUGUCUAUGGAAACGUCGCUUAGCAACCAAACACUAACGAUUAACCCCAUGCGCACUGAAUUUGAUGUGCGCGUGCUGUCUUUCUUCUCUGCAGUUCUAAGCUCCUCUGAUGCGCCUGCAGCUCCUUGCGUCAUGUAGUGGUGGACUGGUUGGUCUCAGAAGACUCGGAGGUCUCCCAAGAGUAGCGGGCAGCUCUUCACUCGGUAUGGCUCGGGUCCUCAGUAUUGAGAACGUAGACCAGAAAACUCUAGAAGAAGUGUUGCAAGAGACAUCUGCUGCUCUGAGAGGAGGUGGAGUCGUUGCCAUACCCACCGAUACAAUCUACGGCGUGGCCUCGUUAGUUUCAAGUAACGAGGGGAUAGAGAGGAUAUACGAGAUGAAGGGGAGACGGAGAGACAAGGCCCUGGCCAUCUGUGUCAGUGAUGUUGAGCAGGUUUAUAGGUGGGCCAAAGUGACAGUUCCGUCUAGUCUCCUGUCCCGUCUCCUUCCCGGGCCAGUCACCACAGUCUUUGAGAGAGGAGGAGACCUGAACCCUGCCCUCAACCCGGGACUCCCUCUGGUGGGACUCAGGAUCCCAGACUCCUCCUUUGUCCGCUGUCUGGUGGAGCAGUGUGGCUGUCCUCUGGCCCUCACCAGUGCCAACCUCAGUCACUCCUCCAGCACUCUCUGUACAGGAGUUCCGAGAGCUGUGGCCGCUCCUGGAUGUGGUGGUGGAUGGAGGAGUCAUCUCUCAUGGAGGAAGAGGGGGAGAAGAGGAGGCCAGUAGACUGGGCUCUACUGUAGUGGACCUCAGUCACACCGGAUCAUUCUCCAUCAUCAGACCUGGAAUGUGUGUCGGAACCUUUAUACACACAUUUGUACACAGCUAUAUUAUACUAGUGUUCUCUGUUUAGCGGUGCAUCACUGCAUAAUUGAUAAACUAUCCAUGUCCUUUGAAUUGUUAGUUCAGUGGACACUAAUUAUAUAUUCGUUUCUCAUUUCCAGGCAUUACCAGCAGACUGUGAAGUUGCUCAGAGAUGAAUAUCACUUGAAAGAAAUUGUCAUUUG